AUGAGUUGGACGUUCCUCAGAGACCUCCUGAGUGGAGUAAAUAAAUACUCCACUGGGAUCGGGCGGAUCUGGCUGGCGGUCACGUUCAUCUUCCGUUUGCUGGUCUACAUGGUGGCGGCAGAGCAUGUAUGGAAAGAUGAGCAGAAAGAGUUUGAGUGCAACGUUAGACAGCCUGGUUGUGAAAAUGUGUGUUUUGACUACUUCUUCCCCAUCUCCCAGGUCAGACUUUGGGCCUUACAACUGGUCGUAGUCUCCACGCCUUCACUUCUGGUGGUUCUACAUGUAGCCUAUCGUGAGGGUAGAGAGAAAAGGCACAGGAAGAAACUCUAUGUCAGCACAGGCACCAUGGAUGGGGGCCUGUGGUACACUUACCUUAUCAGCCUCAUUGUUAAAACUGGUUUUGAAAUUGGCUUCCUGGUUUUAUUUUACAAGCUCUAUGGUGGCUUUAGUGUUCCCUACUUUAUGAAGUGUGAUUUGAAGCCUUGUCCCAACACUGUGGACUGCUUCGUCUCCAAACCCACGGAAAAAACGAUCUUCAUCCUCUUCUUGGUCAUUACCUCAUGCCUGUGCAUUGUGUUGAAUUUCACUGAACUGAGUUUUUUGGUCCUCAAGUGUUUUAUUAAGUGCUGUCUCCAAAAAUACUCUAAAAAACUCAAGUCCUCAAUGUGUGAGUGCCAUAACCUCAGAUAUGUUAAAUAUGGUGAGAUGGGGGCCCCUCCCUUGCUCCAGAAGCACCAUUUAGACUCAGCCAUGAGCACAGCCCAGGGAGGGGAAACAAAGGUACUCUGUGGCACACAAGAGGCUUAAAGCAAACCCUCAUCCCUCUGAAGUAGACAUAGGCUUCCUUGGAAAAUGAAGGGUGUCAGCCUUAAUGUCACUUGGGAGGAAUUUUUAAAUUUUUCAGU